AAAGGGAAAGAGAGAAAGCAAAAGGAGGAGAGAGAGAAAGGGAGACCAGAGAGCUCGAGCUCAAAGAAAGGAAGAGGAAGAGAGGAAGAAGAAGAAAGAAGAGGGUUUCGUGCGUUCUCAUCAUGGGAGCCUCACCAAGCCACCUUACAUAAUGCAAUACCCGGCUCUUCAACUAACGAUAAGUAGUACGAGAGCGAUAUCGACGAGCGGACAGGAAUUGAAUUUUGGGAGCUUUGGGACUAUGUCCUUCGAGUGGAAGGACGGUCGUGUCAUCCCAUUCAUGAUGGUUUUGGGGUGUAACAGAAACAAGAGGAUAUACUCUUCAAAGUUCUAGUCGAUUUUGCGACAACAAGGUCCUCUUCAUCGCGGCGUAAAUCAAGCUGGUCAUCUUGACUUGGAGUGAUUGAUUCAUCAGAGGGCUGCAGAGAAAGAUUCUUUGCCGCUCGACCUCAACGAAGAAAGAAGAAGAACUAUCGUUCUAUUUCUCUUCUUCUUGGAGUAAAGAAAAGGUCGCGAUAUUCUUUCCUUCGUUUGCUGGCCAAAACAAGUGAGAUAUAUAUAGAAGGGCUUAUCGAACACUACCCAUCCGUCACUUUCCUACCAUCUAAAUACUCAAAUUUUCAAGCUCUCAUCUUGGAAAGAAUCUAUGGAUUUCGCAAAUCCUCUUUUAGAACUCGUCAAAGAGUUGUGGUGCUUUGCCAGCAAACCUUUGGGCUACAUUUAUCAUCUUAAAGAUAAUGUCGACUCUUUGAGGAAAACAAUUGAAGACCUAGAGGACAUGAGCUACGAUGUGAAGGUAAGGGUGGUACAUGAAGAAAAAGAAGCACGUGCAGUGCGCACGAAACAAGUGGCGAAUUGGUUAGGAAAAGUACAAGAGUUUGUUGAUCGAGUAUAUCAAGUUCUUCGGGAAGUCGAGGAACGUGACAAAAUCAAAUGUCUAUGUCGUUGUCUUCCACCGAACUGUUGGUCCAGUUAUAAAUUGGGGAAAAGAGUUAAUCAAAUGCUCAAUGAAGCGAGAGAGUUCCAACCCAAGGAAGGAGAAUUCAACAUUGUGACGUCACCAUUGCCUCCCCCUCAAGUGCUCGGGAUGCCUAUGGACAAGACAGUGGGGCUUGAUAGUUCAUUUAAGGAAGUGUGGAAAUGGCUUGUAGACGAGAAAAAAGUAGGAAUGAUUGGGUUAUACGGAAUAGGUGGUGUGGGAAAGACCACCCUCAUGAAAAGGAUCAACAUGGAGCUUUCUCGCACAAAUCGUGGAUUAGAUGUUGUUAUUUGGGUGGUGGUGUCCAGGCAAGUGAACAAAGAUAGAAUUCAAGACAACAUAAGGAAAAGGCUGGACAUUAAAGAUGAGCUCUGGAAAGGAUGGUCAUGGGAUGAAAGGGUCCAUCAUCUGUGCGAAGAUUUGAAUAUGAAGAAGUUUGUAUUGUUGAUUGAUGAUCUAUGGGGGAGGCUGGACCUUUUACAAAUUGGAGUUCCUCGUCCUAGUCCCGAGAAUGGAUCCAAAGUUGUAUUCACAACUCGGUCAAAGCAAGUAUGUGACCAAAUGGUAGCGAACAAGAUCUUCAAAGUACAAUGUUUGACACCCGAAGAAGCCUUGGAAUUAUUUGAGAACAACGUUGGCAAAUCGACUAUAGAUUCUCAUCCAGAUAUUCCAGUGCUCGCCAAGGGCAUUGCCCGAGAGUGCGAUGGGUUGCCACUAGCCCUUAUUACUAUUGGGCGAGCCAUGGCUGGCAUAGCUAAUCCCCAUGAGUGGAAACAUGCGUUGACAACACUAAGGAACAAACCGCACAACCUGCCAGGUAUGGUGGAAGAAGUGUACAACAUAUUAGAGUUCAGUUAUAAUAGCUUAAAAGAUUCUACCCAACAAUGCUUCCUUUACUGUUGUCUCUUCCCGAGGAUUACCCCAUAGUAAAUAAUGAGCUUAUUGAACUCUGGAUUGGAGAAGGCUUGCUAGGAGACACCAAUAAUGUAUACCGUAUGCGAGAAGAGGGAGAGUAUGUCUUGGGAGAUUUAAAGAGGCUUUGUCUAUUGGAAAGUGGGCUUGAUGAUUAUCAAAGACAAUAUGUAAAGAUGCAUGACGUCAUCCGUGACAUGGCGAUCUGGAUUGCUCGUGACUAUGGGCAAAGGGAGAACAAGUUAAUAGUGAUAGAGGAGGAGGAAGACAUUUCUGCAAAGAUGAUCUCCAAAUGGGGGGAAGCAAAGAAAGUGUCUAUAUGGGGAGAAUGGAUUCAGAAUAUCAACCAAACACCACCCAGGUGUUUCCAACUCAAAACUUUGAUUGUAAGGGAGACAAAUGUGAUGGAAGUGCCAAGAGGAUUUUUUGAGUCGAUGGCAGCUUGUCUUAUGGUCCUUGACCUAUCCAACAAUAAUAAUAUUACGUCAUUCCCCGAAGGGAUUUGCAAUUUGAUUAGCCUACGGUACUUAAACUUGUCACACACUUGUAUCAGAGAGUUGCCCAAGGAAAUCAACAACUUGACUCGUUUACAGUGGUUGCUACUAGACCAUAUGAUGGAGCACAUCCUAAUUCCGACAGGGGCAAUCACAAGCUUACCAUUGAAUGUGUUCAGCAUGUGGGGAUUGAAUCUAUAUAAGGAAGAAGAGAUGGUGGAGGAACUAGGGCGCAUGCAAGGUCUCACCGAUUUAUCUAUCAAGGUGUGCGAAUCUUCCUCUACCCUAAAAAUAUUCCAAUCCUUUCAGAGAUGCAUAAGAAGAGUACAUAUCGAGAGUUGCGAGGGCUUGACCCACAUCCCAAUAAGUCACUCAUUAAAAGGGAGCGGCAAUUUCUCGCAUUUAGAGGUGCUUAAUUUUUACGAUUGCCGUAUGCUUGUGAAGAUGGAGAUUAAUCAAGGGAUAGGACAAGCGCCCAACUGCUAUUGCUUCCCCAGCCUCGUUGAAGUUUUGAUUAUAAAUUGCGGAUUUUUGGACUUGUCCUGGCUUGUGCACGCUCCAAAACUCCAAAGUUUGAUAGUUGCGCAGUGCAAUUUGAUGGAGAAAAUAAUCGGGGAUGGAAUUGCAAGAGAGGAAUUAGCUGCUUCAGGACUAUUCUCACGUCUCAAAUCUCUACGUAUCGAGAAUCUUCGAAAACUAAGGAGCAUUUGCGACCACGCUCUACUUUUCCCUCAAGGGGUGAAAUUCUCGAUAUUCAUGUGUCCUGGUCUCAAAAAGUUACCGUUGGACUCGAACGGAAUGAGGGGAAGCUUCUCGAUCAUUGGGGACAAAGGCUGGUGGGAGGAGUUCGAGUGGGACCCAGCCGCCCGGGUCACUUUCGAGGGGCAUGGCCGGGGUAACAAAGAGGAAAUGACAUAUGGAGAGGCAGCACGUAAAAUGAAAGAUGAUGAGUACUUUAACAUCGCCCGGAUCGGAUUCCUAGCCUCGGGAGACGAGUGAGCGAGGUGUGGUCUUUCUUUUAUUUUAUUGAGGGAAGAGGGAGAGAGGGAGAGAGGGAGGUUGAUGAGUGUAAAUACUAUUAAUUAUUAUUGUUAGAACAGAGUUGAGUUCCGUUUGGCGUU